AUCCAAUUGGACGGUGUAAAAUGUACUCAAUCGACACACCUCUUCACUGUGGGUUGCGUCCCCAUCCUCCUCUGCUGGGACUAAUAAUCGCCUAUCUAUCUGUGCUGUGAGCGUAAUAUUAAGUGUUUUAUUAUGGGGGGUGUAAAUAUGGAAUGGGAGAAGGAUCCAGGUUCAAAUGUGCGUGUGUCCAAAGACUCGGAGCGUGGAAAAAGGAAGGGGGCGCACAAUUCCCAACAAAACAUCUGUGAUGCAUUUUUAACAAGACGGAAAACGCAACUCGGAGAGAUCCGUCCGUUAAGGACGUCCCACGUCGAAGUGAUAAAUACUUUAUCAUUGUAUCAAACAGGGUUUACAUGUUCCGGUGUUGAGCUGCGUGGAAUUAAAGAGAAAAUUCUGCCCGUGUGUUGAGGAGGAGGAGGAGGAGGGGGAGGAGGAGGAGGGGAAACAGGACGGAGGAGCGGACAACCAAGUGGGAAAAGAAGGAGGGGAUUGAGACACGACGGAGAGGAAAUCGAGUUCCUCGGCAGCCAGAGCAAAAGGAACGGCUGGGAAGGAAAGAAAGAAGGGCAGAAAAAAAAAAAAAACAAAACAGAAAAGGACGGAAGGAAGGGAGGAAGGAAGGAAGGAAGGAAGGAAGAAGAGGGUGAAUAAAAACCGAAUGGUUGUGGAAGAGCUGCGAGAGCUUUCCCAUCGAGAGAAGAAAGGAAUAAGACCGAGACAACAAGGAUUUUUAGAGGACGGCAACAAGAAGAAGAACAAAAAACAGCACUGAUCACAUCGAGUUAGCGGGCUGUGUCACUGAGGGGACCGGACCCGAGGCAGGAAUCGUGUUAUCCGAGGUAGCGGUGCGGAUUUGUCUUGUGUUUUUGGAACAUCGGUCCAGUUCCGUGGUUCCUGAACAUCGUAUUAGGGGGGCUGUCCGUCGUUCGGGUCUUUAUUCGUUUUGAGCGGCUAUGUUUUCUUCUUGUCCUGAUUUAGGAAAAUAAUCUCAUUCUAUAAAAUCAGAUUUAAUCACGGAGAGAAAAAAAUGCUGUCGCCAAUGAUGUAAAUGAUACAUUUUUGGGGUCUGUUCGUUUUCAGGCACAAAUGAUUUUAUUGUAGCUAUUUUUUUUAAAAAAAAAAAAAAAAAAAAAAAAAGCUACAUGGGCAUCAGUCUGUGCGAUCGAUGCAUUUUCAAUGCGUCCGUUUCAUCGAGCGCUUGUGUUAAUUGCCAGAAGGCCCUGUGUAGCUAAUUAAAAAUAACAGGCCUAAGAUCAAAUUGCAGUGCGGGUUACACUGGCCGCUCAGCAGUAUUAUUGCGCGUAAUUCUUUUCUGUAGGUAUUUCGGGGUUGCUGCAGAACACAUGACUGUUUAUUUCUCCCUCUCUCACACACAUACACACACAUACACACAUACACACUACAGAUCAAUACAUCGCACAUCACAUCGGAGCCUCUCGCUUGUUUGUUGUCGUCCUUAAGGCACCGCAGCGCGGGCUUCAUGUUGUCGAGCAGAAACCACAAUUCAUUGUGAGCGCGUGAGAAGGAGGCUUUUUUUUUCGGGAGUCGACGGCAUUUCCCCGUUCAUUAAAGAACAGGGAAUUUCUUCGCCGAGGGGAGGGCAGACCGUGUGCGUAUAAGGAGGACGGUGUCGUUCAAUGUUAAUGUCGACCGACGUCGCCUCGAUCAUGUUGCCCGUGUCCCGGGGAAUGAUGGACCGGGACAGGGACAUGGACGGUGCCGGCGGCGCGCACGCGAACCCGGCCGGCGGCGGUUCGGCCGCAGUUCGGGGCAUGAAAAGAGGAGACCCGGAGCCCGACGGACAGGCGGCCGCCACGUCCCUCAGCGAGCUGGCCGGAGCCGAGUGCAAGAGACCGCGGAUGGAGGGCGCCGGGGGCGACAUGGUGGUACAGAACAAUGACCCCUUGGCCCCCGGUUUCCAUGGAUACCCCAAUCACAGCCAGGGUUCACAAGAGUCUACGGGGGGUCAGGAAGGACUGCUGCCCACUCCCUUCUCUGCCUUCCCACCGCCACCCCCUCCUCAAAAUGGGUUGGGCACGGAGUUUGGAGGCAGCUUGUUUGGGGCAGGAGGACAGGGUCCCUCAGAGACUGGGACAAACAGCUCCACUUCUGCCUCUAACAAUCUGAACACUCCAGCAGAUGGUGCCACUCUGGUGGAAGGAGUGGGUCAAUGUGGGGGCACUGGAGGUGGGGUAGGAGGGGGUGACCCGUCUGAGGCCAAAGGCACCCCAAAAAGACUUCAUGUCUCAAAUAUCCCAUUCCGCUUCAGGGACCCUGACCUCAGACAGAUGUUUGGGCAAUUUGGCAAAAUUCUCGAUGUUGAGAUCAUUUUUAAUGAGAGGGGAUCAAAGGGUUUUGGCUUUGUGACCUUCGAGUCCAGUGCUGACGCAGAAAAGGCCAGGGAGAAGCUCCAUGGCACUCUGGUGGAAGGGCGCAAAAUUGAGGUGAACAAUGCUACAGCAAGGGUGAUGACCAACAAGAAGAUGGUCAGCCCAUACCCCAAUGGAGAAGCCCUCGGCACUCUGCCGUACGCAGGGUGGAAGCUCAGUCCAAUGGUAGGGGCUGUUUAUGGACCAGAGAUCUACGCUGUUCCUGGUUUCCCCUACCCUACGGCAGCAGCGGCAGCCUCUACUGCAGCAGUGUUUCGGGGGGCCCACCUACGAGGGCGGGGCCGCCCUGUCUAUAGUGCUGUCCGGGCUGCUGUGCCCCAGCCUGCUAUUCCCACCUAUCCUGGAAUAGUGUUUCAGGACUCUGUCAUUAGUACCAGAUUGCCUCAGGGAGGCUAUGCCGCCUAUCGCUACGCACAGCCAGCUGCUGUAACCGGGGCAACUGCUGCUGCUGCCUACAGUGACAGCUACGGGCGUGUGUACACUACAGACCCUUACCACGCAUUGGCACCAGCUGCUGCUGCUGCCUACGGAGUGGGAGCCAUGGCUAGUUUGUACCGGGGUGGAUACAGCCGAUUCGCUCCUUACUAAAUGACUACUUGCUUCCAUAAAUAUCCCAAAAUUCCUUCAACCCUGUUUUCAUACUCUACAUUUUGGAAAGAGUGACUUGUUCCUUGGACAAAAACUUGUUUAGCAAAGUAUCUGCCAUUACUCAGCUAACACCCUGUAAAAGCAGCAAAUGCGAAGACGCCUCUGGAUUAGACAUAAACACGACAGUAAUUACAUAGUGAAGUACAUUCAUCGCUGGAAGACAGAACAAAUGCUUGGCAAGGACCAAGGACCAAAAGUUGAGGGGUUGUUAGAUGUGAAGCAUUAAGAUUAGAAAUCUCAAAAAGUGCCCAGAUACCUAGUUUUUACCCAAAUCUAGCUGGCUGAAAAAGAUAAAUGUGAUCUCCGAUUGCUUUCAUUACAAGAGAACAUACUGCUUUGAGCCCAAACAUAAACCAUUGUGUGACUGAAUACACUACUUGAACAAUGGACUGCACAAGGACAGUGAGGGAUCCAUAAUGACAAAGAGGUCCAUACCCAGAAGAGCAACAAAACAUCUGCAAAUUACCUUGACACUGCAACUAUGGCAAGACAGACGCAAAUGGAUGUCAGCUUGGAAAAUGUCAAAACAAGUUGAUGAGGAUUGAGUGACAGAAAGAGUGCACCCAACAAAUCAGCACCAACUGUACCCUGCUGAAGCAACACAGAUGUUUUUUCAGAUAAUCCGUUAGACAAGUUACUCAUGCUAAGUACACAGAGAUGAGGAAUAUCCAAUUUCCUCACUGUUUCAGUACCAGACUGACAAUUUGGAGAAAAUGUAUAUUUAAAAGUGAUAAAACAAGUUGACAUUUCUGUAUUACCUCAUUUUUUUUUCUCUGGAAAAUGUCACUUUAGAAAGUCCUACAUAGUA